AUGGCCUUCGACGGGACCUGGAAGAUAGACCGGAAUGAGAACUACGACAAGUUCAUGGAGAAGAUGGGCAUCAAUAUGGUGAAAAGGAAGCUGGCGGCCCAUGACAACUUGAAACUGAUAAUCACGCAGGAAGGAAACAAAUUCACCGUCAAAGAAUCGAGCACUUUUCGGACCGCCGAGAUUGUUUUUGAUCUUGGUGUUACUUUUGAUUACAGCCUAGCGGAUGGAACUGAACUCCGUGGGACCUGGGACCUGCAGGGGAAUAAACUUGUCGGAAAAUUCAAACGGGUAGACAAUGGAAAUGAACUGAAUGCUGUCCGAGAAAUCAUAGGCGGUGAGCUGGUCCAGACUUAUGUGUACGAAGGAGUCGAAGCCAAGCGGAUCUUCAAAAAGGAGUGA